UACAUAUAGACGAUGCAGCUUCCAGGAAGGAGAAGCUGAUCUUCACAGAUCCUGAAAUAUUUGUUGGCUCCUUGAACCCUUCCGCUUUCCACGAACGUCGCCUCCCUCACUUUCCUCCCUUUGCUUAUAUAAGAUACUUCUCGCUCCCUCAGUUUCCAUCACUCCUAUUCACAACCUUAUUACGAGCAGCUAGCUAUCAAAACCUCCAGCUCCUCCUUUCCACGUUCGUACAGAUUUACGUACAAUCUAGCUACAGAUCAGAUGGCACAAUAUUUGGCGCUAGAUAAUACGGUCGACUUCGAGGACUACUUCCCGUCCAUGAUUUCACGGCUGGGAGCAGAAGGGUUUAUAGGGGAGCUCUGCAACGGGUUUCGUUUGCUGAUGGAUUGCGAAAAGGGGCUCAUCACGUUCGAGAGCUUGAAGAGGAACAGUUCUCUGCUAGGAUUGCAUGACAUGGGGGAUGACGAGCUUGUUUGCAUGCUGCUGGAAGGUGAUCUUGACGGAGAUGGGGCGCUGAGCCAGAUGGAGUUUUGCAUUCUCAUGUUUAGGUUGAGCCCUGGCUUGUUGGAUGGAACUAAAAGAUGGGUGGAAGAUUUUGAUGUAGUAACUGAACGAAGCUAGCUAAGACUUGUUUAAUUGUUUUCGUAUCAAAUAAUUCUCUCAUUCAUCCAGAGAAAAUAAAAACAAAAUCCACACCCACCACCACCACCACACACCCCCCCCCCCCCUCCACAAAAGGGUUUAAAUAAUUUCAUGCAUGUUUUCUUUCUUAUUUAUUCAAUUGAGUUUUUAUUUUUUCUGGAUGAGUUCAGUGUUUAUUAGGAAUAAUGAGAUCAUGAUCAUGGUAAGCAUAUGGUCACGGUGUUUGUGAAGUCAAACUUGCGGAUUUGGUUUAAAGCUUUCUCACCAAAAUCAAUACAACUACUACGUCUCAUGCAGGCCCUGAGAGGUACUAAUUAUUUCAA